AAGCCGGCGGGGCGGGGCGAGCGGCGGCGGAGCAGCCGGGGCCGAGAUGACGGUGCACAACCUGUACCUCUUCGACCGCAACGGGAUCUGCCUGCACUACAGCGAGUGGCACCGCAAGAAACAGGCCGGCAUCUCCAAGGAGGAGGAGUUCAAACUCAUGUACGGCAUGCUCUUCUCCAUGCGCUCCUUCGUCGGCAAGAUGAGCCCCGUCGACAUCGGCCUGAAGGUCGUCAUGAACACGGACCUGGGCGUGGGGAACAUCCGGGACGUGCUCCACCAGAUCUACAGCAACAUCUACGUGGAGUUCGUGGUGAAGAACCCGCUGUGCAGCCUGAGCGAACCCAUCCAGAGCGAGCUCUUCCGCGCCAAGCUGGACGGCUUCAUCCGCGGCCUCCCCUUCUUCUCGGCCCGGGCCGGCUGAGCGCCCCCCCGGCCCCCCAGCUGGCCCCCGCCGCGCUGCCCCCCAGCCCUCCGGACACGACACGGGGCUGCCCCCGGCUCACCCCCACCCUCCCCCUUUGCAGAUCAGACGGGCUGGCCCGCCGGGUGAGCCCACGUCCACAAUUCCCUGCAGGCUGGGGCACCCCCCUACCCACCCAGGGGUCCAGCUGGGGGGGGCUUGCUCAGUCUGGGAGGG